AUUGCGUUGUAGAUGCUAUUCUCUGCGCAAAUCAAGUUGGGCACAUCUCGUUUCUCAUGAGAAUCAACAGUUCUUGUGUCAAUCAACGCACGCGGCCAUGGCGACCUUGGUCCUUGUUCGCUUCAUGGGCUUGGCUUGGAUCCGUGCAGCCGAUGCAUUCGAUAUUCCACGUGCCCCUGCGAAAGAGGGAUUCCGACGAGUAGAGGUGUACUUGAUGCGACACGGCCAGUCUGAGGGCAACGUGUUCCCACACCAGGGGCCGUUCGGCCUGGUUGACCCAGCCCUUACGGAAACUGGCAGAAGCCAGGCGACCCAAACAGGGCUGAACUGCCUCUCUCAGCAUCGCACGCCGGACCUGGUCCUUGCUUCCUGCUUGCUGCGGGCCCAGGAGACUGCUUUACUGGCCUUCGGAAACAGCUCCGUCUACGUGGCGCCUUUCAUCUCAGAGGACCACUGGGGCCAGUCCUUCCUCCAUCCAGGCUCCACGCCAGGGCCUGCGGACCAGCAGCGGCAACGCAUCGAAGAAGACCUGGGCCCCGAGGACUUGGAUCGUUUGGUGCCGGCCGAGGAGGGCCAGGAUUUGGGUCCUCCCAGCUGGAGCUUCUUCCUCGAAUGGCUUCCCACCAGCGCUGCCAUGCAGCGGCUGCAGCAGGAGCCUCUCAUCGCCGUCGUCUCGCACGGCAACUUUCUGCAGGACACGAUGGCGGAGUUCGGUUGGGAUGACGGCCACCCCAAGAACGCCGAGGUGUUCAGAGCACGCAUGGAUCUCACCGAGAACGGCUUCGGGCCCUUAACGGUAGAGGAAGUUCUUUGCCCUGGAUACGCGGGCGACAAGGAUGCGCGAAACGCGUGGAUCGCGGUUUUUGCGUCUGCCAUCAUCAUUUGCAUCUUGGUCUGCGUGCUGGUCUGGUGGUGUCGGCGAGCAAAACGCGGGUUGCAGAGCGCGUCAUACGAAACCUCCUUGCAGUCCGUAAGCUCCGACGAGUGACAGACUUGAC